AUGUUUUUGAGAUUCGAACCUACGAAGUCGACAAAAGGUGCAAGUAAAAUGCGUCGCGACCUUAUCAAUGCUGAGAUAUCUAACCUCCGUGAUCUGUUACCUUUGCCACCGUCUACGAGACAGCGGCUAUCACAAUUGCAACUCAUGGCGCUCGUCUGCGUAUAUGUUAGGAAAAUGAACUAUUUUCAACAAGUGUUCAAAAGUCACGACUUCAGCUAUCAGUAUCAAGAACAACCGACUCCUACACCUAAUAUCGGAUUUUCAAAGGCAAUGAAUGGUUUUAUGAUGAUGAUGACACAAAAUGGAAAAUUGUUGUAUAUAUCGGAAAAUGCUGCGGAAUAUUUGGGACAUUCAAUGGAAGAUUUGUUGAUACACGGAGACAGCGUUUACGAUAUUAUAGAUAGACAAGACCACCAAACAGUUCAAGUUGAAUUGAACAGAGGUAAUAAUGGCGAGACUGAAAAUGUACCAAAGAAUAGGCAUUUCUUCUGUAGAAUGAACGUAUCGAGAAAUGCGAGACGCCAAAUGAGAUUUGGCGACCAAAAAGUCGUUCUCGUCAGAGGCCACUACGUAUCAUACCUACCACUAUGUAGUCGUAACGAACCAGUGUUCCUAGCAGUAUGCACACCACUAGCAAUGCCCGAGACCCGGGAGUGUGUUGUAAAUGGUGCAACGAACGUUUUUACAACAGUUCAUGCCAUGGACAUGAAGAUUCUACACAUCGACGCUAAUGGCGAAUGGUAUUUGGGUUGGAAAAAGACUGAACUAGCGGAUGUGUCAUGGUAUCAAAUCUUACACUGGGAUAGUUUACGGGAAGCACAGACCAAACACAGAUUAAUAACGCAAUCAGAACAGGACAAAUGUUGCAUUCUUUUAGUAAGACUGCAACAAAGAAACGGCCAAUUCCUGUGGGUGCAUGCGGUGCUCCAAGUCAAAGACGCGGCUGAUACGCCUCGACAAUUUAUUGUAGCUACUAACCAGAUCCUAAGUGAAGAAGAAGCAUCGAUCAUGUUGGCCAACUCAUGGUUAUAUCAGUAUUAUGGCUAUCAGAAUCAACCCUGUGGCAUGAUUGACCCUCGCUGCCAAAAGUUCUUUAGAAGGGACCAAUGUUACCAAGAUCCUUACCAAGAAUCCUAUCCGUACAUCGAGAACUCAGAAGUCGAUUACACCGGCUACCACAUCUCACCGUAUGUGGCACACAAACCAGAGGAAUAUGGAUGUGAAAGAAUAUACACAGAUAGAGGUCCCGUGGACUAUUCAACGCAUUCCCCUCAAUCUACAAUAAGUGAAGAGAGAUCUCCACAUCACUACGAAGCGCCACCGGAAGUAAUCGUCAACAGCAACAUGUACAUGUACCCUUACCAAGGAAAGAGAGAGUAUUACGAACAAUACCAGAGGGUUAAUUAUACAACUCCAGAGUCGUGUCCCACGGGAACUAUAGAAAAUAUGGACUAUCCAGCUGCAAAGCGAAUGCGACUGGCUCCCGUAUCUCUGGAAAGUACGGAUACCAUGGAACGAUGGAACCCGAGCCCACCCUGGUCUGACACCACCUUAAAACUCGCAGACUACGGACAAAGGUACACGUACAACAUGUUACCGAUGCCCCCCGAGCGAGCGAUGGUUACUUAA